AUGGAUGAAGGUCGCGAAUUCAAAGAUGCUGGUAAAAUAUCAACGUCCGAGAGAAUUAUGAAAACAUCUGAAGCCAAGAACCAAGAAGUUGGAAUCAAGAACGGAGAGAAGGAAAAACAAUCACUAAUUGAAAUAGAAACUAAUAAGUUAAUAACAAUUGAAAAAAUAACGAAAGCAUUUGAAGCCGAAAAGUUAGAGAUGAUCAAAACGCAGGAGGCUGCUCAGUGGGAGAUUAAGCAGCAUAAGCAAUCAAAGUUGUGUACAGAGAAUAUGUAUAGUGUCAGAGGAGGACUUGAAUAUAUUCGAUCCAAGAUAUUAUCAAACAAUAAUUCUUCGAUUAUUGAAGAACCAGUAGAUAAGAUACUUACCCAUUAA